AUGAGCCAGGCCGAGCUGUCCACCUGCUCGGCGCCGCAGACGCAGCGCAUCUUCCAGGAGGCCGUGCGCAAGGGCAACACGCAGGAGCUGCAGUCGCUGCUGCAGAACAUGACCAACUGCGAGUUCAACGUGAACUCGUUCGGGCCCGAGGGCCAGACGGCGCUGCACCAGUCGGUCAUCGACGGCAACCUGGAGCUCGUGAAGCUGCUCGUCAAGUUCGGCGCCGACAUCCGCCUGGCCAACCGCGACGGCUGGAGCGCGCUGCACAUCGCCGCGUUCGGCGGCCAUCAGGACAUCGUGCUCUAUCUCAUCACCAAGGCCAAGUACGCGGCCGGCGGCCGGUGA